CAGUAGCGGAGUGCUGGGGCUUGGUCUUGAAGUUUUCAGAUGCAUCGGUAGAUGAAUCAUAACAGCAUCAAGAUGUCGGGGCGAUCAGGCCGAGCAGAAACGCGAAGUCGGGCUAAAGACGACAUUAAAAAGGUUUUGGCGGCCAUCGAAAAAGUGCGCAAAUGGGAGAAAAAAUGGGUGACAGUAGGAGACACAUCCCUGCGCAUAUUCAAGUGGGUUCCUAUAACAGAAACAAAACAGAUUUAUCGCACCAAAUCCACAGGUGGAGAAGUUAGAGGACUAAAAGAUGUAGUGUUGGAAAACACAAAUUCUCUACUGGAUUUUGGUGAUGAAAAUAGCAAUCAGAGUUUUCUGUCUGAUGUAUACCAACCUAAGAUGGAUAAUAGCAGCAGCUCCAGUUCACAACAAGUGAGCCCACCACAUACCAGUCUCAGGACUGAGGACUCCCAGCCUCCAAUGCUGGGUCAGGAAACUGUGGAUGAGCCAGUCACUUCUAGACGAGAAGGAACGGAUGAACCUCCUACGCUUAUUAAAGAAGACCUUCUUUCUUCUGUAACUGUAAGACGGAGUGCUCCUACCCCACAGGAAGAUGUGGAUGAAACAGGUGCACCCCCAUUGAAGAAGAUUUGCACUGGAGAAAACUCUGUUCUUAGAUAGUUAAAUCAAGUUUUUGUUCCCUGUAUCUUUUCUUAAAUGUCUCACUAAGCUAAAAAUUAAAAUAUAUAUUAGGUAAAUAGUAAUACUGAACAUUGUAUAAGCAAAUUCAAAGUAGGCUAUACAAUUUUUAGACAUUUCAUUUAAAAUAAUUCCAUUAGAUACACUGUCCUUUUUUCUUGUUAUUAUGUUGUUUAUAUAUCAAGUAGUUUGUCAAAUGUAGUCAAAUAUGUGGUGCAUUUGAGUUUUGCAUGUUUACUUAGCAUUAGUAGGUAGAAAUCAUUGAUAUGAACCCAACUCAUUUCAUUAUGUAUACAUUUCUUCACAACAUUCAUGGUUAUGACAAGAUUACAUACUGUUAAGUAUUUAUUAUUUGUCUCUGUAUUUAAAUAAACAUGUCCAAAUAAA